GCAUAAUGGCAAACAUGGUUGCUAUGGCAUCAAGGUAGAACUAUUGGCCUAUGGGGAAGGCUGCCGUUGAUACUGGGCCCGCCCCUUUUUUCUGUCCGGACCGGAAGCGCUGUUCCUGCAGCACCGGCCUGAGGGAUGGCUUCCAGCUUCAAGAAAUCUACAUUAGGGGCGGUAGCCCAGAAGAAGAAGACCGGUCCUAAACUUGAACUAACUGAAGACCAGAAGCAGGAGAUCCGAGAGGCUUUUGAUCUGUUUGAUACCGAUGGCACUGGGAACAUAGAUGUUAAGGAGCUAAAGGUGGCCAUGAGAGCACUAGGGUUUGAACCCAAAAAAGAAGAGAUCAAGAAAAUGAUAUCAGACAUUGAUAAGGAAGGAAUAGGAAAGAUCAGCUUCCAUGACUUUCUGGUGGUGAUGACUCAGAAGAUGGCUGAAAAAGAUUCCAAAGAGGAGAUUCUAAAAGCCUUCAAACUGUUUGAUGAUGAUGAAACUGGAAAAUCUCUUUCAAAAACCUUAAACGUGUGGCCAAGGAACUUGGGGGAAAAUCUCACAGAUGAGGAGCUACAGGAAAUGAUUGAUGAAGCAGAUCGAGAUGGAGAUGGGGAAGUGAAUGAGCAGGAAUUCCUGAGGAUCAUGAAGAAGACCAGUCUUUACUGAUAUGUUUGUUGUGGAUUUUCUUUUUAUACAGUUGGAAAUAUAUUUGGUGGACCCACAAAGGAAAAACAAAAACCACCCUGACUUGGAAUAAAACAAUCAUUUCUGCUAUUCUUGCUAUUGUAAGCCCUACCCAAAUCCAGCGAUGUGAAGUGGCAAAGGAGGGAAACACGUGAACUGUUACACCCCCAAGUGGUGGUAAUGAGGCAGAUGGGGACUCUAAGGAUUUCCCCGUAAAAAACUGUACUACUAGCCGCCCCCACCCCCCAUGGGAAUUGAGCAAUGUCGGUAUGUGGUGUAUGAAUUGGAGGGGGGAAUCCUAACCCAGUGAAGAAUACUAAAUGUAUCUGGAAAUAUUGCAUGGUAUUCUUUAGAAUAUGUCAUAAUAAAUGACAGUAGGAAACAAUCAUCUAGACAGGUGGUUUAUCACAAAGGGCCCAAAAAUAUAAUUCUCUGGCCUCCUGGGGUGUUUGGGUUAUGGGGUUCCACUGUUGGGGUGUGGUGUUACAAUGUGUAAUCAUAAUGGUACCUCCAUAGAGGACAAUCCUUAAGCUUGCAGUUAUGUACAUACCAGACUGGGCAAGAAGUCUCCCCUGCGACGCAGGGAAUAUAACAAUUUAACCGCUUUGCAGAAUGUAACCCUACAGGUAAUAUGGAUGCCAAGAUGGAAGGAUCCUGAUUUAAGCUGGCUGCAGCCUGGAGCUGAAAAUACUUCCUUAUGGGCGAACGUGUGGGAGCGGGUGCACCAAAAGCUCGUCAGUGUGUCCUUUCAGUCCAUUAUAUAAAUCGGUGGUACACGCCAAAGAAUGGUGGGUGGACAGGGUACACCCUAACUGCAGCACAUACAUAAAAGGGUUAAAGCAACAAUUUAACUGGUGGGUGAGGGUAUACACAUGGAAUUGUUGCUGCAGAAGAAAUCUAUGAGCAGUAGGAACCACAGGGUUAAGUGCAUGAAAUUUGGGUGUGGGGGGGAAAUGUGUAUGGGAAUGCAAAAUGCUCAACUAGUGGGGCACCUGGGUAAUAGUUGCAGUGGAACCUUGAAAUAAGACUGCAACUAAGGUGGUCCCCAUGAGCCCUAUGGAAAUAAUAAGAAAGGGAAGAGCUCACUGGGAACCACUAAAAAAAUCAAAUGAUGUAAAAUAAACAAUAAUUCAGUUAAGUAAUUAUUUGUCCAAAUAAAAUAUUUAAAUGUGCCCCUCUCCAAUGGCCAUAAAGAAGCAGGCCCAGUGCCCUGUGCCAGGAGUGAACAAUUGGGUGUAAUGUAUAUGGGAUAUGGAGUGUUCUGCUGGGAGUGUGCACAAUUCUGUAAUAGAACACUUGGGAGUACAAGUGCACCAGCAUCUGGCACAAUUACAUGCUGCCAUUGGAACUUUGGUGCAUGAAUGGAUCUGUGGAACUCAUUGCUGUGGACAAUUGAACCAAUGCAUUACCCAAUUCCAUACCAAGUUGUCAAGCUGGUUUGGACAGUGCCCCGUUUCUCUGUAAAUAUUCAUGAUAUGGACACAGUAGUGGCAGCUCCAGGCCAAGCAAUGCCAAAUGCAGGUCUUGGAAACCUGGGCCCUUCAAGGAAUGAAUGCCUUCCGACUAGCUACUGAACUGCUGAUUGAUUGUACUUGGACUGAUGUAGUCUGUGCCCUUUGGACAGGCCUAAUGGACCCUCAUUCACUUCUUAGUCAUAUUACUCACAUUAUAGGGGUGCUAUUCAUACUAACUGUAUUAUUAAUCAUAUUAAUGGGGUGCUUAAAAUUAUGUGCUGCCUUAGCCUCGCCCCAAAAUCCAUACUUGUAAAUUCAGUGGCUUAUGCCUUUUAUGGCCUGCCUUUGCUCUCUCUCCCUAGCAUGACUGGUGGACCAAGGUAUUGAGCUAAUCGGAGCCAGGGCUUCCAGCUCAAGUGCCCCGCCAUCCAAUGUGCGGGAAGGAGGGGCACCUGGGCCCUUUUUUGAAGAGAGUGGGGGAGUGUUGGGGUAUGUAAGGGUUAAUUAAAACCUGGGUAACCACUAGCAUUGUAUUGGGGAGGAAGGCAGGGGCAGGCACUGUCUCUUUGAUAGAUAAAGUGCUAUCCCUCUCCCUUCCCUUCUCCUUAAGGAGUGAUAAGCAUUGCAGGAAUGUGGGGAUCUAAAAAUACUGUUUAUGUAAAGCGGUGAUAGCUCUCCCUCCCUUCCUUUCCCAGCCACAUAAACGAGCUUGGGGUCAUGGCCCCUUCUUCCCUUCCCUGUGAUCAGCUGAUCAAGGGAAUUGGCUGCAAUUAUUACAAAGAAAUGUGUCUUUAAAGUAAAAACUAUCUGUAGAAUAUACUAAUGUUGUAAAUAGUAAUCAGGGGCUGAAAUAAUUAUAAUCAGUAUAUAGCUGUUAAUAUUUAUGGUAUGGACGUUCAUAUUACUAAAUAAGGGUUUUGGGGGUGUUGUAGAAAAUGUAGGUAUUUACAUACUAACUUAAAUAAAAGAAGUGUGCUGUAACUAAUUCAGUGCUUACUCGACAAUUGGGUCAAGGGGAACAAGUACCGCAAUAAAGAAGCCUGUCUACUCAAUUAGCCUCUGGGUCCCCCUGCUCAUUCUCUAACAACAUACUUACCUGAAGUGUACCACAAAGAAAAGGAAAACUUAAAACCAGCUUAAGACAAAGAAAAUCCCUGUUAUCUUUGAUUAACAUUGUGAUGAUGAGGCAAAAUCAAUACUGAAUGUACUGUUUGCACCAUUGGAAGAACCUGAUUGCCGUGGGAAUGUUAACUGUUUUUCUGGUGUUUUUAGAUAACUGUUAAUCACUCAAUUGUUUCACGGGCUGUAGUCAAAGCAGUAACGAGUACCAGAUUGAUUAUGAAAAUGUUGUAGUCAUUGAUACUGACAAUGCUAGUUACAUGAAAAAGGCAUUUGAUUUUGUGUUGUCUACACUGUUUCCAAAUUCUAUGCAUAUGUGCCAAACAGGUUAUAUUGUUAACUUAAUUGGUGAAUCAUUUAGAAUGCCUUUUCAGCUGGUUGAUACAUUUGUAAGAUGUUUCAGAAACAUGUUCUGUAACUCUGGAAGUAGGAAAGAAAGGUACUUCCUUUUCAUGAACCAGAAACUACAAGAGGAGUCUCCAGAUGCCAAAUUAUCCAUGCCUUCUAGCCCAGGUGGAACAAGCUGGAACAGCUGGUUCCAUGCUGUCCAGUAUCAUUCUUAGAACUUUCAGUUCUACAAAGAGUUCUUUAAUGAAGAGUGCAAUAGCAACUCCCCAAUUUCUGUGCAAACUAUUCAGAAAAUGCUGAAUGACCCAACUAAUUAUGCAUUGUUGAAAGUACAGAAAAUGUGAACAAAUUAUCAGUUUAAAUCUGGUAUUUGAGAGAAGGAAGCCUUGCACUGUUAAAGCAUUUGACAUUCUGGAAGAACUGCAGAUAUAUUUCAGUUCACAUCUAGAGCUCCAUUCAGAAAGCACCUCAGAGUUCUUCAAUUUUAGGGAGGCAGUAAACUUACCUCCUAUUAAAAGACUUCCCUGUCUAGCUCCUUUUAAAGAGGCAUUCCAUGAAGCUUCUGAAAAGCUUGACAAAUAUUUAUCAUUUGGACAACCAGAUCUAAAUUUUCUGAAGACUUGUAGGUUAUUUGAUCCUCAUCAUGUUUAUAUCCCUGUAAAUAUUUUCAAGCAAUACCUGUUUUUUCUGAGAUAUCUGAACAGGAGCUGAAACUGUACAGGGAAAAUAUUGUGCCUGAAGCUAGUCAAAGUCAACCUAUGUUUGUAGACUGCCAAGUGUUUUGGCUUUCAAUGACAGAGAGAAUUCCAAAUAUCUCCAAACUGGCCUUGAAUUGCAUAAAUGCUGUCUCAAACUCUGCAGAUGCAGAGAGAUUUUUCAGUGUAUUUUCAGGCACAAGGAAAUCACUAAGUGAGAAAAACUUGAAGGCUCUUUGUUUUCUGUACUAUAACUGAAUUAAAUGAAAAUACUAGAUUGCACUGAAAUGCAGGAUAAUGAUUAGCAAAACUGUGACUUUCAUGUGUGAAAGUCUAAGCAAUUUAAAAUGACAUUCUACUUUACUUUUAUUUGCUGUUGGUGUUCUGUAAUGUAAUCUAAAUGAAAAUCCAGGUUUACAAUUGGAGUGCAGGGUAUUGGUUACCAGGUAUUUGUAAUUUAACUUUCAUGUAUUUAGGAAAUGCUGAAUAGUUAUUGUGACUUUUUUCUGUAUUGUAGUUUUUUAAAAUUGUCAAAAUAUGCAGAAUUUUUAAUUUUUUGGAGCAGAAUUCCCCCGGAAGUAAAGAAGGCCUGCCUAAGCACCACACAAUGGGGCCUGCACAACACUAUGAUUCAGCAAAGCCCAUCAGGACAUGUCUGGGCAAGUGUAUUCUAGGUACAUGGACUAAGGAUAUAAAACAGGAGACUGUGGCAUCAUGUUUUGUCUUUCUCCUCCCCCAUCUACACUGUGAACAACAGGAAUGCUGUUCAUCUGAGGAGAGUGGUCCAGGCUUAAGGAGAAGCCUGUAUAUUAAGAACUGUAACAACCAGUGGGGUGAGAAAAAUAUGCUUAUCUUUUAUUUUCCUUGGUAACUAUUUCUGACCUCUUAUGCCUACCACUUUUAAUCCCCUAAAAUCUAUCUUUCAGUAGUUAAUAAAUCUGUUUUAUACUUUACAUAAAA